AUGCCUUCCGAACCCACCAAAGCCUCUAAUGCGGGCAUCAUCACCGAUGACGCGGGCGAGCGCCAGAUCCCCGAGUCGAAGCGAGCGGAUGGAAGCACGCGCAAAGCCAUCAAGAUCCGUCCCGGCUACCGCCCACCCGAAGAUGUUGAGGUCUACAAGAACCGCACGGCUGCAGCUUUCCGUGACCGAACCACAAAAGGUGGCAUUCCUGGUGCGGCGAGUCUGACGGAGGAAAAACCCGAAGCCUCUUCUUCUGCUGCGAGCAACAAGAAUGCGAAGCGUCGAGAAGCCAGGAAGAAGGCCAAGACUGCUGGCGAGGACGAGGUCACAGACGCCAAGCAGCAGCCCGGCGCCGAUGUCCCCAAGGCGGAGGAGGCCGACCCUGAAAUUGAGAAAGAGAAGAAGGCACGGAAUCUUAAGAAGAAGUUGAAGCAGGCCAAAGACCUCAAGAACAAGAAGGAGGGCGGAGAGACGCUACUGCCCGAGCAGAUCGCCAAGGUCAUCAAGAUCAACGAGCUCAUCCGCGAAUUGGAUGCUCUAGGCUUUGAUGCCGAAGGAGAGCCCAAGGCUAAGGGCGAGGCCGAGGGAGAUGCCAAAACCAAGGAUGACUCAAACGAAGCCUGA